UGACAGUGACUGACGUGUAAGUGUUUCGUGAUUUAUUUGGACUACUUUCGUUUUCAAAGGUCAUUUACCAUAGAAAAAGGUUUACAAUUGAAAAAGUUAGGAAAUACAUAUAAUUGACAGUUAAUUGGAUUAAAGACUUUCAAGCACAAACAUUAACACAUGCCCAAUAUGAUGAAUAGCUAGCUAUUCUAUACUGGAAAUCAUAGUUUAAGGAGGGCAACAUGACAGUUAAUGUUACGUCAGCCUAUAUGAAGAAUCGACUGGUAAAUAGCAGAUGUACUUGUUAUCUGGAGGGAAGUCGGUAGAUGUCUGAGAAGAAUAUCAAGCUUAGUUAGAGGAACGUGUUAAUUAGACUAUAGUAGUCUCAUGCGUACAUUUCCUUACUAGUAUAAGUAAUGCAGUCUGAGUUGUGAAGUGUCAGUCGAUCAGUGUAUCAGAAUAAAUAAUGAGACCCAUUUAUCAGACUAUGAUAUAUGUAUUUGCUUUGAUGCUUAGCUCCUUUCAACAAUAAAAUGAAUAUCCUUCAUUUUUUGACAAUGUUGAAACAUUUAAAAACGUACUCUAAAUAAUACACUCCGGUCCGUCUAAUAUUAUGAAGAUUGCUUGUUUAUAUUGGUGAUAAAAACUGAUAAAGAAAAUACGCAGAUAUAAAUAUAUAGGCCAAAUAGAUUUAAUGUGAAACAUUCAUAUAGUUUAAUUCAUAAUUUGCUUUUAUAUAUAGAUGCAAAAUUAUGGAAGUCUCUGGUAAGACAGUGCUUAAAAACAAAAAUUUAAAACUGUGCAAUUUCUGUGAAGAUUUUGAUGUAACAACUUAUGCCGAUGGGUUCUGCUUAGAAUGCGAAGUCUAUACUUGUGACACAUGUUUUCAAAAACACAAAGGACGAAGAAUUAAUAGAAAUCAUUCCUUAGUUAAUGUUGACGAGUCCAAUUCAGUCAAAAUAACGGUUGAUGAUGCGUAUGAAACUUGUCAAUUUCACAAAGGAGAACUUGUGAAAUUUUAUUGCUCGAAGCACGACCAAGUUUGCUGUGGGGAUUGUAUAGUAUUAAAUCACAAUGGAUGCAAGAUAGAGUUUAUCAACAACAAAGCUGCUGCCUUUGAAAACAGCCAGGACAAUAAAACUUUAAUAAAGGAUUUAAACAAAUGCAAGAGACAGGCUGAAGAUAGUUUAUCAUUGGUAGCGAUAAACAGACAACAGUUGUCCAAACUAUAUGAGCAGUUUGUCCGAGACGUUGAAACUUUUGCGGAAGAAAGUAUUGAGCGUUUGAACUUGAUGAAGGAGAAGGUUCUUAAUCAAGGCAAAGAUGUUAUGUUGAAUGACAAACGAAAAUUGGAUGAUAUUCAGAAGGAGGCCGACGACCUGAUAGUUGAAAUAUCUAAUCAAAGCAGUCUACUGGAGUCUAAAAAGGAUCAACCUAACAAGUUGUUUGCUGCUUCACUGCAAGUUAAGCCCGCAUUGAAAAGGACACAGCAUAAUAUUGAUAUUCUUAGAAAGAAAAAUGUUGUGACCGAAUAUAUAUUCAAACGGGACCAAACUUUAGAAGAGAUGAUGAAAGAAAGCAAGGGGAUUGGGUUGCUUCUUCAACAGGGGGAAACAGAAUCAACUAUCUAUACAAGAGAUAUAGACCCACCAGAAACAGUUGCUAGAUAUGUUAAAGUACAAAACAUUCCAAAAGGAUUAGACAUACAAAGCCUGAAAGUUGUCUUGUUUAGAGAAGGGGAUUUUCCAGUAAGACUUCCAAAACUGAUUUAUUGUAAUGGUGACAGUGAAGCUCUGCUUAUAUGUCAGUCUGAAAAAGACGCUGUAGAUCUGACCAAGUGUACACAUCUAAAACCAUUUGAAUUUAAAGUUCUAGAGAAGGUUGGCAAAUUCGUCACAAAAGCAAUAGAUCAAAAUUGUGUGGAGAAAAUGAAACAAUUUUCCAACUUUGAUAAGUUUCAACGGGAACUCUUAUACUAUGACAUAACAAUAAUAAAAGAACCACCGUGUGUAAUCGGUGCCCCGACAAUUUUACAAAUCAAGUUUUCCAAGCUUAUAAUUGAUAAAUGGACACAGAUUCAAACAACCGAAAAUUUCAAAAGUAAAAGUGAAGCACACAAAAAGAAAGACGCUUUGACAAGCGACAAUGAUUUAAGCAUCAGUGAAAACUUAAGUAACAAAAUUGGUAGUAAAUAUUUGAAGGAAUACAUCACAAAAGAGAACAUUAAUGUUUAUGUUUAUGAGGCAAAUAUACUGCAGCUUGAUGUUGACUGUAUUGUGAGUGCUUCAAAUGAAUGUCUGCAACAUGGAGGAGGUGUUGCUGCAGUAAUAGAAAAGGGUGCUGGCUACAGACUAACAAAAGAAAGCAAUGAUUUUGUCAGGAAGUAUGGUAAUUUGCCAGUGGGAAAAGCUUGUACAACUACAGCUGGGAAUUUAAGUUAUGAUUGUGUUAUACAUACAGUUGGUCCCAGAUGGUCUGCCUAUUCCCCACAUUCUAUGCAAGAUGUCCAAGAUUGUCAGCUGCAUCUGUACCAAGCUGUAUAUAACAGUUUCAUAGAAGCAGAAAAAAGAGGUCUAAAGUCCAUCGCGUUGCCUGCAAUAAGCUCAGCAAUAUUUGGUGUUCCAGAAGAGAUUUGUGUACAGCAGUAUGCAAAAGCUACAUUUGAUUACAGCAGAAAAACUUCUAAUGAGCCAUCUGCAUUAAAAGAGAUCCAUUUUAUUGACAAGAACACAAAUAUUGUAAAGAAAAUACAGGAUGCAUUCUACUUAGUGUUUGUUAAAGGAGAAAUGCCUGAUUGUGAUACCAGCAAGUUUGUCAAAAGCUGGAGACAUGGCAAAGGACAUUCCCCUGGAAGUUAUACUGGAGCACAAGCCGGUUUUAGCAGCAGUGUACACAAGGAUAGCUUUAAUGCUCAAACCCAGUCUACCACAAGCAAUAUUUAUGAAGUAACCCAGACGGAACCAUUAUCAUUUUUUGACGAGGAAUCAAACGCAUAUGCAUAUAUCCUGCAUGGGAAGGAAGAAUAUAGGCUGCUCUUAACUCGAGGAGAUCUGUUAAAAGUUAAAGCACGUGCUAUUGUUAUACCAGUUGAUGGUCGAGGAAAUCGUGGAAAUAUUGCUGGUAGUCUGUUUUCAAGAAUACCAAAUAUAUACCGUAAAAACUACACUUGUAAGCUGUCUUUAGAAUGCCAUCGUAAAAAAGAGUGUGAUGUUUUCAUUACACAUGGUUAUGAGUGUGGUUAUCCAAUUAUUGUACAUGCAAUUUAUCCAGCUAAUGCUAAAUACAAAGAUAUCAGCCAAAGGAAGCAUGAUGUUCAAAAGCUGUAUAAGAAUGUAUUUAGCUUGUGUGACACAGAGACUGGAAUUCAGGAAGUUGUUGCACCGUUACUUGGCCCAGAUAGUAGAUCAGAAUCUGAUAUAAGGGCAUGCGCAGAAAUGUUCCUUCAGAGUUAUCUAGAUUACUAUUCUAGACCUGUCAGAAAGAAGUCCCUGCUAGUUCACAUUGUUUGCAGAGAAGACCUGGUAUUUGACUGUGUCAAAGGUUUUUUGGAUGAAUAUGUCAUGUCAAAGAAGGCAGAAUGCUACUCAAGUCAAAAUAUAAGUUCCUAAUAAAUGGAACAGCAUCCAACCUAUUAUAAUACGAAGGUGAAUUGUACAAUGCUAAGUGUUAUUAUAUAUAUCAUAAAUCUUUGGUGAUAGCUGUUUUAUGAAUAAACAAAUUACAUAUAAUAUUGAUUUCGAAAUUAAUUGAAUAUUGAUUAAUACUAUUAUAUUGUAUAUACAUUUAAUUGAAAGAACAAGAAAAGUUGGUUUUUUAUAUAAAAAACAUCAUGUAUAUACAUGUAUGUCUCGUAUUGUUUGAUUUCUGAUUUGGCUAUUUUUGGUUUACAUAAUAUAUACGAUUAUGAGAAUCUAGUUUUUUGUAAAUUUAAAAAAGAAUCAUACAGCAGCAUACCUCAAGGUCCAUCCAAAUAAACGUUGUCAGGUGGUAAAAUAAAUUAAAAUGGUAUGAAUGUUAUGAAUUUUUUUCUAAAACUUGUCAACAAAUUUAUAUUUAUAUUUAUGAUCGAAAAGUUGUAACAUAACAUGUCUAUUUUAUUAAACACACAUGAAUGUGUCACAAGAAAACUGAAUAAAAUUAUCCGGAACAAAAUAUCAAUUUGCUAUUUUAAUCAUAUUUUUUCUGUUGAGCAAUGAUUUCGUCUAUUGACUUAAAAGGCAAAUUUAUUAGCUAUUACCAUAUUUAGAAUGACUUUUCAAAAUUCAAACAAUAAUUAUUGUACCUUAUAUAUAACUUUAUACACUCUUACUGAAAAGCAAAAUGUAAAGCAAUUAUAAAUAUGUUAUUUUAGUUAUAUGUUAUUUGUACGUUCGUUGGAAUAAGUGAAAGUGAAUACCAACUAAAACAAAAUUUAGAUUACGAUUGAUCAUCUAAGUUGACGAUGAUUUCUCUAGGUUCAUACAAAUUUCUGCCUUUCCAUACUUGUUAUAACUGUUUUCAUAACACACAUUGGCUUGCUGAUAACAUGUUUGUUAUUAGCAUUUUCUUUUGAUUGAUUGUACUAUUUAUAAUAAUUAUUUUCAUUAUUGUACCAUUUUGAAUAAGUAUCAAACGUUUGUGUUCUGCUUAUUCAAUGUAGGAUUUGUUUCAUGUUAUGUAAUCUUUAAACAUGUGAUAUGUUGAAGCAUACCUUUAUACGGCGGUAUGUCGGCUUAUGUGGAAGGAGUAUGAUGUUUAGUUAAUGGUGAAAUAUCACGAGACAUGGUAAAGUCUUCAUAAACUUAAUGCUUGUAAAAGCGCCUUACAUUUGUAAAAACAUUAGCCUCACAAAUGGUAUUGCUAUUUGGUAUAGUUAUGUAUUAUCAUAUAACCUUUUGACGCAGUAAUUAAGGUUGGUUGGAGAAUACCACUAGAAAAUUUAAACUGUUUGGUGCAAGGGAGGUAUUAAGCUAGAUUACUGAUGGUUUGUGAUUUUACAGAAGAUUCUUGCUAAGUCUGAUACACUGUAUGGUCAUUUUUUGUAUAAAUUAUUUAAGCAAAAGUGUAAAGCAAAAUCUUAUGUAAAAUUAUGUUAUUGUGCAGGGGUGUACUAUUCUCCGGUCCGGUCGCUUCCGGUCUCUCCCGAUCUAUUUUGACCGGAAUUUACGAGAGACCGGCGAAUAGUAUCAUAUUUACUGGCAUGAUUAGUGCCGGUCUUCUACAAAUUAUCAAUCUUUCUAGAUGAAAAAUGUGUUGAGGUGAGAUUUUUUGUUCGGAUAUAAUGUAUUUCGUUUCAAAUUAUUUGUUUGUUUUUGAAUUAUGUAUUCUUUGUGGUUACUAAUUAUAUAUCUUAAUCAGAUAUAAAUGUAAAAGCUUAUCAAUUACGGGGAAUGACAUAAAUUAUUUUAUGUGAGCAUGAAAUGUUAUAAAUGAAAAAGCAUAUUAAAUACGGGGACGUCUGUUAGUUAGUUAAUUUUAUAGCGGUUUGUUAAUGUUUUUUUUGUAUUUUUUUCUUUUUCUAUCUUUAUCGACUAAUAUAGAUAAAAAAAUAAUCAUGUAUGUAAAUUGCGUUAGUAAAGCAAAUGAUGACAAAAUCUAAAAAGAUAAGAUUUUCAAAUAAAAGUAUUGAACAAUUAAAUGGUAAUUAAAUAGUAUUUUUAUAUUAUUUAUAUUUAUCGAUGAUUGACGAUAUAUCAUGCCGAUUUUGCCAAAAAUAUGCAUCAGUUAUCUUUUUUAAAUUAUAACAUUUUAAUGUAUAAUUACAUUUGUUAGUUUAAUGUAAUAUCUUGAUUAUCAAUGGCAACGGGCAUAUACUAUCAUUUUUAAUCUACUUGUGUAACGCACGAUCAACACCACACUUGUUUAUUGUCCCUUAUUAUGUAAUCGCUAUUAGCGAAGUCCCCAUCAUUAAAUAUCUUAAGAUAUCUGUUCACACUUAUUCAAUUCAAUUCAAUGUUUAUUUGGCUUUAACAUAUAUACAAUGUUUAUCGCCAAUACAUCUGGCGGCACAAUACAAAACAAUAUAUAUUUUGAACAUGAGAAAAGCAUGAUAAUAACAAUUAUAUACUUUGAACAUAAAAACAUAUAAAUUAUUUAUGACAUUACAACAAAGGUUACACAAUACAUAAAUUAUUUAUAAUCAUCCUCUUAAAGAAAAUGAUUGGUAUAUAUAUUUAGCUAGCUUGAUAAUAGUACUGCUUUGAGAACUGUUAAGAAGAUUUUUAAACUUGAAUAAAUUAGGCCAAUGACAAUAAUAAUUUGGCAAACAUUUGAUACGUAAUUCUCUAUAAAACGGACAAACUAAGAGGAAGUGAUAUUCAUUUUCAAUGACAUUCAUAUUACAUUUGGUACAAAUUCUAAGGUUUCUUUCUAUAUUUCUAUGUCUUCCUUCUUCUAUAAGUAAGUUAUGUGCAGAGCAUCUAAAUCUGGUCAAACUAAUUCUAUGAUUUUCAUUCUUAACACAAGAAAUAUA